AUGGCUUUACCGAACGUGCGAUUUGUAGAAAUAUUCACCGAUAAUACCGAAUCCUACGGUGAGCGGGAAAAUUAUGUAAUUCUAACACAGCGGGAGAAAAGUUUCAUAGCAUCGAUAUACUGCUCCCCUGUCAGACAGGGAUGCUUGAAAUCACUCGUCUCACAAGCUAUCAAAGUUAAACUGGAAAUGGCGUGCGAUAUAUGCUUUACACUAUUAGUUACAGGGCCAGGCGAUCGAAUUGUACUAGGAACCAGACCUAUACCAACUCCAGGACCCAAAGAAGUUCUAGUGAAGGUAGCAAUUGCAGGAUUAAAUCCCCAUGACCAGCUUGUGCGUGAUAUAGGAUUUUUCAUCGGUAAAAAUGUUCCUGCACCUACUGGUAUAGAUAUUGUUGGAACAGGACAUGCUGUUGGAAAAGAUGUCAACAACUUCAAAGUUGGCGAUUUGGUAUUCGGAAAUGGAGAUCCGUUUGAUGGAGAUUACAUGGCCACCCAAGAAUACACCCUGAUGGACAUUGAUUUCCUGGGGCAUGUGCCAUCAUCUGUCACACAAGAUGAGGCUGCUACAUUACCCUUGAAUGCACUUACUAUGUGCAUCGCUCUUUUUGACGCAUCCACACACGGUUUUCCUUCCCCUUUGACUCCGGCGGGAAAGUCGUUUGACUACAAACAUACGCCUCUCGUCAUCCUUGGAGGUGGCUCCAACUGUGGAAAAUUCGCUAUCCAGCUUGCUAAAUGGGCCGGUUUCGGCACCAUCAUUGCAAUCGCCGGCAAAACCAAAGCAGAAUAUCUCGUUGAGCUUGGUGCUACACAUAUAAUCGACAGAACCUUGAGUGACGAUAAAAUCGAGUCUGAGGUACGAAAUAUCGUGGGAGAUAACCUUCUGCAUGUUUGUACUGCUGUGUUGCCAAAGGAUCAGACACUGGGUGCCCGACUUCUGUCAAACAGCAAGAAAGGAACACUAGUUACAGUAACAAAGGGUACAGUCGACGAAACAAAACUAGGUGAGAAAAAGGCUGGAUAUAGGGUGCGCGGAUUCCUUUGUCGCCCACAUGCAAAGGAUAAACGAGAGCUGGCAACUCUCUUCUGGAAAGCUUUCCCGGGACUUAUCGAAAAGGGAAUCCUUAGGCCAACUCCAUAUGAAGUGGUUAAGGGUUUGGAUGAGAAUAAGAUCAAUGAGAUACUUGAUGAGUAUGGUUAA